GUGAGUCGCGAGGAUCGGGGGUGGGGUGGUGAGCGGCAGGCGGGGGCAGGCGGCAGCGGCAGUUAGAGGCCCUGGGAAGUGGCCAUGGACAAGCUCCGCCGGGUGCUGAGCGGGCAGGAUGACGAGGAGCAAGGGCUGACGACGCAGGUGCUGGAUUCUUCAUCUCUUAGUUUUAGUACUCGAGUGAAAUGGUUUGCGAUAUGCUUCGCUUGUGGCAUUUUGUGCUCUAUCCUUGGGACAGUAAUGCUGUGGCUCCCAGGCAGCGGCAUGAAACUCUUUGCUGUGUUCUACACCUUAGGAAACAUUUCUGCAUUAGCCAGUACCUGCUUCUUGAUGGGUCCUAUGAAGCAGCUGAAAAAGAUGUUUGAACCAACAAGAUUAUUGGCGACCCUUGUUAUGCUGUUUUCUUUUAUCCUAACCCUGUGUGCUGUGUUCUGGUGGCAUAAAAAAGGACUAGCUGUGCUGUUCUGUAUAUUGCAGUUCCUGGCAAUGACCUGGUACAGUUUGUCAUAUAUUCCUUAUGCAAGGGAUGCUGUAAUGAAAUGCUUCACAUCCUGCCUAAGUUAAAGUGAACAAACAGGAAAUUUUCUGGAAGCUUGAUCCACUUAAGUUUACUCAAAUAUUUUUCAGUUCUGGAAACAGAUGUCCUCCUUUCAAAAUGUUAGCAGGAUCAUUUUUAAAGAUCCCUGCAUGUCAUGAAUACUAAAUCUAUGCUAAUCUUUAAAAUUAUUGCUGUCCUGACAAAAUGGUCUUAAAUCUGUUUUGGAUUACAUUCUGCUAACAUAGCUUAAUUUCCAAAGUAUGUCUUGGGAUUUAAGGAAAACAUGUAAAAUACUUUGUCUUCAGUUUUCUAUUUAUCUUUAUUUGUGCAUUAUUUGUUACAUGCUUUUCCCAAAGAUUUUUGUAAUCAUUGUAAAAUGUAAUAUUUACUAAAUCUAUACAUAAUGGGACUCCUCUGAAAUGGUAUGAAAAGAUUGUGAACGUAUGAGAGUUGUUAAACACUUUAACUGUUAAACUUGUUUUAAAUGUCAACUUUUUGUACUGUGAUACUUAAAAUACACUUGAAUAAAAAUGCAUAUAGGUAAUAUAUAAAUCAAUAAUUGUGAAAAAUAAACAAUUAUUUUAAAGAAUA